GUUGGGCGGUGCUUGCGCGUGUGAGCUGAGCCGGUGGGUGAACCGCGGCCACCGUGACUUGGGCUGUGAGGCUGCGAGAAAGAUCCGAUUAUCAUGGACCUACGACAGUUCCUUAUGUGCUUGUCCCUGUGCACAGCCUUUGCCUUGAGCAAGCCCACAGAAAAGAAGGACCGUGUACAUCAUGAGCCUCAACUUAGCGACAAAGUUCACAAUGAUGCUCAGAGUUUUGAUUAUGAUCAUGAUGCCUUCUUGGGUGCUGAAGAAGCAAAGACCUUUGAUCAGCUUACACCAGAAGAGAGCAAGGAGAGGCUUGGAAAGAUUGUAAGUAAAAUAGAUGGCGACAAGGACGGGUUUGUCACUGUGGAUGAACUCAAAGACUGGAUUAAAUUUGCACAAAAGCGCUGGAUUUACGAGGAUGUAGAGCGACAGUGGAAGGGGCAUGACCUCAAUGAGGACGGCCUCGUUUCCUGGGAAGAGUAUAAAAAUGCCACCUACGGCUACGUUUUAGAUGAUCCAGACCCUGAUGAUGGAUUUAACUAUAAACAGAUGAUGGUUAGAGAUGAGCGGAGGUUUAAGAUGGCAGACAAGGAUGGAGACCUCAUUGCCACAAAGGAAGAGUUCACAGCUUUCCUGCACCCUGAGGAAUAUGACUAUAUGAAAGACAUAGUAGUGCAGGAAACAAUGGAGGAUAUAGAUAAGAAUGCUGAUGGUUUCAUUGAUCUAGAAGAGUAUAUUGGUGACAUGUACAGCCAUGAUGGAAAUGCAGAUGAGCCAGAAUGGGUGAAGACAGAGCGAGAGCAGUUUGUUGAAUUUCGAGAUAAGAACCGUGAUGGGAAGAUGGACAAGGAAGAAACCAAAGACUGGAUACUCCCCUCAGACUAUGACCAUGCAGAGGCAGAAGCUAGGCACCUAGUCUAUGAGUCUGACCAAAAUAAGGAUGGCAAGCUUACUAAGGAGGAGAUUGUUGACAAGUAUGAUUUGUUUGUGGGCAGCCAGGCCACAGAUUUUGGGGAGGCCUUAGUACGACAUGAUGAAUUCUGAGCUGCAGACAGAGGAACCCGUGUUUCUUCAAAAGUAAUUUAUUUUUACAGCUUUUGUUUUCACAUGAAAUUGUUUGCGCUACUGAGACUGUUAUUACAAACUUUUUAAGACAUGAAAAGGCGUAUGAAAUAAUGAAAAUCAUCCCGUCCCCAUUCCUCCUCUCUAAGGGACUGGAGGGAACUGCUUCUGAGGAACAACUCUAAUAGUACACUUGUGUUUGUAGAUUUACACUUUGUAUAAUGUAUAACAUGGUGUGUUUAUUUUUGUAUUUGUUCUCUAGUUGGGAGUAUGAUAUGAAGGAUCAAGAUCCUCAACCCACACUUGUAGGCAAAAAUUAGCCCUUUACUCUUUCUCAACCCCUUAUAUAAUUUUUAUAAUUCUCAUUUAACUAAUAUUUUAAGCCUGAGAUCAAUAAGAAGUGUUGAGAAAAGAAAGGAAAAUUAUAUGCUCCAUGAUUUAUAUUUAGAGAUAACACUUAAUCUUGCCUAUGAAAAGUCUUACAUUUCACAUGUAGUAGUCUGACAUUUCAUAUUGCAUUCAGUUGCUAUGGGUUCAGCAAUUGGUCCUGCCAUUUCUGGUCAGGGACAGAAUCCCUGUGCUCUAAGAAAGCUUGGCUCAACUUGACUUCAUUCUUUUUCCCCUGUAGAACUAGUUACUUGCUAAUUUUGUCAAGCACAGCUGUGAUAAGAAGUUAGGGCCAGUGUCUUGAAAAUCAAUCAAGUAGUGAGUGCAAUCUCUUUACAGAGUUAUUUCUAGCUUUUUAUAGAGCAGUUUCCAGCUAGAAACAGCUGGAAAACUAAAGGAACAAUAUAAAUGUGUUCAGGGCAUACAUUGUUUUCUGGGUGUGCAUCUGUUGAAAUGCUCACAACAACAUUAUUUGCCUGUUGAAAUCACUUUAAGUUCUCCAGGCGGCUCUUCGUCCCCAGGAAUUAAUCUUGAUGUCAUUGCAGUUAAAAUUCACUCCUUGCCGGCAUGGUGGCACAUGCCUGUAAUCCCAGCAACAUGGGAGGCUGAGGCAAGAAGAUCUCAAGUUUGAGGCCAGCC